AUGAUGAAUGAAGAUAUAUCCAUCAAUGGUGAGCAAAACAGUUUUCUAACCGAAAAGGGCACAAUGCUAUUAGCUCACGCCAAGAGAACCCUAGAAGAUGACAAGGAAAUGAUUACUCCUCCUAGCUCGACUGUGAGAAGAACGGGGAAGGACGUAGAUAAGAGAUUGUCGCAUCCUCUGUCACCAGAUCACUCGUCUCCCAUUGCUCCAUCCAAGGCCAAGCGUCAAAGAUCGGACACAUGCGCGCGUUCCAAUGGUAAUUUGACGUUAGAGGAGAUUCUUCAAUCUUUGGAAAGGAGAAGAAUAAAUGGUGAACUUGCCAAGAAACCUCCAUAUUCUUACGCAACUUUGAUAUGCUUGGCUAUCUUGCAAUCGCAGGAGGGGAAACUUACGCUAUCUCAGAUAUACUAUUGGAUUCAUGUUCACUUUCCUUAUUAUAAACCGAAGGACGCUAGUUGGCAAAACUCUAUAAGACACAACUUGUCGCUAAAUGAUGCAUUCAUCAAGACAGAAAAGUCGUGUGAUGGUAAGGGUCAUUUCUGGGAGGUAAGACCAGGCGCUGAAAUAAAAUUUUUCAAAGGUGAAAAUCGUGGUUAUGAUUUUGUGAAGAAUUCAUUACGAGACAUUGAGAAGUAUUUCGAGAUAGAUGCUACACCUGAUGAGUUGCAAGAAGCGGAAGACGUUAAAUGUAAUAGUGAUCUUUCUGACCAGCAGGAAGUAGAAGAAGCAGAAGAAGCAGGAAAAUUUCCCUCAAUCGAAAUUCAGUUAAAUUCUUCUCCAAUAUUAAAAGUCUCCCAACUAGAUCAAAUACCGCAAUUGAAGACAGAUAAUACAUUAAAUCCGCAACAAAAUCUAAAUUCGAUGCGAAACAUGAUAGAACACGAUGAUAACAGUAUUGAUGCCUUGGAACCUCCUUAUGUAAUGAAAAAGUACCAUACGUCCUUGGGUUUACCGUCGUUGAUGGAUUCCAAAGAUCAUUUUCAAAUUGGUUCCAAAAACAAUAGCAUCACUCAGGCAAAUAGAUUUAAUACACUCCCUAUAACUUGCGCAAAGUCUCCUCAAAAUUUCAGAAAAUACUUCACCUCGUUCAAUUCUAAUUUUGAAGAUUUGUCUCCACUUCGAAGUAAUGUAGGGGCUGGUUCUCUACUCGACCCACUUCCGUAUUCGCCAUUGAAACUGUAUGAUCAGAAAAAUCUUGCGCUUAUGUCGAAACCACAAUCUCAGCAAUCAUAUUCCAAUUCCCAACUCCCACCUCCAUCUUCCUCUCAUGCUGCGGACCUACUGAAGACGCCAAAAAUGAAACAUUUCGACGCCGUAGAGAAGACUCCAUCGCAGUUGAUAAGCACACCUAAGGAUGGCAACUCAAUUUUAAGAAAAUGGCAAACUCCUUCACAUCUUUUCGAAGACUUGUACUGCUCUCCCUUAUUUAGAGCUAUAGAGACUCCGAUCAGGUAUAUCACGACGCCAGGAGGCACGUUAGAAACCCAAAUUUCACCAAGGAAAUCCUCUGCGCCUGAUGUUCUAACAAAUGCAACAAAUUCCAAAUUCGCAUCAAGCGGUCUCUUUGGCGUAGAUGUUUAUUCUGUUUGGAAGCGUGCGACUGAAAACCUUCCUGAGGGUGAAAAAUUAGCAGAUAACCAUCCUUAUCUCAAUCACUCUUCCAAAGAUUGUGGUAAUGAGAAAAAUUGA